UAACCUUUUUCGGCUCAAACAACCCUUGGAUUCCGGGGGCGUGGCCAGAGGGGCGGAGCCUCUGGGCGUCCUGGAGAUGGUGCCUAGCAACGUUAGGGGUGAGGCCCGCGAGGGAGACGGCUCAAGCCCGGUGGUCCUCCUGGAAGGGGCCUCAUGACAGACUCCGAAGAGGAUGCCCUGGAGCUUGACCAGGCUCCCUCACAAUGCAUCCCAAAGCCAUGGGUGUUUCCAGUCCCAAAGGGGACCACACAGCGCAUCUUUGGGACCAGCCAGGUGUUCCAGAACUUUGAACGUAUAAAACCAAAGGUCAUGGGGUUAACAGUGCCCCUCAAAGUCAGGGAACACUACUAUCGUGGCCAGAGGUGCUUGGAGCAAGAAGACUGGGAGAUGGCCGUGCUGUUCUUCUCCCGUGCCCUCCACCUGGACCCGAGGCUGGUAGACUUCUACGCCUUAAGAGCCGAGGCCUACAUCCAACUCGGUGACUUCUCCUCGGCCAUCCAGAACCUGCGAAGGGCCAUCUCCUUCCAGCCGGAAAACACCGACUACCUGGAGCGCCUCUCCUUUGUGCUUUACCUGCAGGGCCAGUGCCUGUUUGAGCAGUGCUCCUUCCGGGAUGCCCUGAACGUCUUCUCGCAAGCCUCUGAGCUCCAGCCAGAGAAGCCCUGCUUCCGUUACCGAUGCAUGGCCUGUCUCCUGGCCCUCAAACGGCAUGCUGACUGCCUCUCACUCGUCACCAAGGAAGUGAAGAAUGGCACGACCAAUCCCGAUAUCUACAUCCUCCGGGCCAGGCUCUACAAUUUCUUUGAGAAGCCCAACCUCUGCUAUCGAGACCUGCACAGAGCCUUGCUACUGGAUCCCAAGCACCCACAGGCCAAGGUGCUGCUCAAGAUGAUGGUGGACCAGUCCCAGAAGGCACGUCAAGAUGCCGGCAUCCUAGCUGUGCAGGGCAAGCUGCAGAAUUCGCUGAAACACAUCAACUGUGCCAUUGAGAACAACCCUCUGGACCCCAGCUUCUUCCUCUUCCGAGGGACCUUGUACCGCCGGCUCCGGGAGUUUGAUGGGGCGGUGGAGGACUUCCUGAAGGCGCUGGACAUGCUGACGAAGUGCCAGGAGAACUUGGUGCAGCAGGCGCAGCGCCAGCUGCUGCUGGCCUACAACGACUUCGCCGUGCACUGCUACAUGCACGGCGCCUACCAGGAGGGCGUGCUGCUGCUCAACAAGGCCCUCAAGGACGAGCAGCAGGAGAAGGGCCUCUACAUCAACCGCGGCGAUUGCUUCUUCCAGCUGGGCAACCUGUCCUUUGCUGAGGCGGACUACCAGCAGGCGCUGGCGCUGAGCCCGCAGGAUGAGGGUGCCAACCUGCGCAUGGGCCUGCUGCAGGAGAAGAUGGGCUUCUGCGAGCAGAGGAGCAGGCAAUUCCAUAAGGCAGAGAACCACUUCUCAAUGGCUAUCCAGCACAACCCCAAGAGGGCCCAGUAUUACCUGCAUCGCGCCAGGAGCCGGCAACUCCUGCAGAACAUUUUUGGGGCCCGCCAGGAUGUUGCCACUGUCCUCAUCCUCAACCCCAAGCAACCGAAGCUGCUCCCACUGGUAACCAACCUCUUCCCGGGCAUGUCAGUGGAGGAGGUGCUUUGCAGCCAGAUGGCCCACCUGGCCAGGUUGCAGCUGGACCGGGUGAUUCUGAGCAGCCCAGGGACCAGCAUCCCUCAGCGCAUCAUGGGGCAGCUCAGGGAGCGGGAACUGGAGCGCCAGAAGGCCCGGGCCCUGCAGCUCUCAUGGAAGCUGCAACAGCCUUUGUCUAAGACCCCCAAAGAGCUGGAGGCCACUCCCCACGUCGUGUGGGCAGAGCUAGAACACUCGGAGGAAGAGGUCAGCGUCCCCAAGAAGGAGGAAGAAAAGGAGGAGAAGCCAGAGCCCGCCCCCAGCAGGGUAAGGUCCCUGUCCAACAGCUGCCUCGACCAGACGUCCCGGGCUCCAUCUUGGGCUGAAUACAGGAGCACCUCGGCCACUACUGUGACAUUCUCUGACUCCUCGGUGCUUAAGACUCAAUCCUCAGACUUGGAGAACAGCUGCGGAGAUCUAAGCCUGAACCGCAGCCCCAGAAAAAACAAGACUGCUCAGGGUCAGAGCCGGAGGCCCAGCAAGACGGAGGCCAAUCAGAGCCAGAUGGUUUCCCCGGGGAAGGAAGCAAAGGCCAAGAUGCCCUCAGGCCAGUUCAGAGGCAGGGCCGGCCUGGCCCUCUGUCCCAAGGGCUAG